CCCUGAAGGAUGGCUUCCAUUAUGGGGGAUGCGAUCAUGGUGCUCAAAGGCCUUGCCAAGCUGACGGAGGCAGCCGUGGAAACCCACCUGCAGCACUUCGGCCUUGGUGCGGAGUUCAUCAUGGCAGCCCGGGCCCUGCAGUCCACAGCUGCAGAGCAGUUCAGCAUGUUCCUGGGGACGGUGCAGGAGCAGGACAAGCAUGAAGAAUCUUACAUGUCGGAGAGCUUUGACGACCCAGAAUCAGAGUUCCACUUCUCAGGGCCAAGGGCCGAGGGCGCCUCUGCAGACUUCUCUGCAGCCUCCUCCCAGGACCAGCCGUCGUCUCCACCCCAGGAUUAUGCCAGCAGCAAGGGCCCAGCUCCUGCCUACGCUGACAGUGGACCCUUUAGGGAAGCUGGGCUCCCAGGGCAGACUGCCUCUCCUCUGGGCAGGCGGGACGGGAGGCUUUUUGUAGAUAGCAGAGCCCCCUUCUGUCCCACUGGCCUGCAGCGAAGGUUCUUCCACCAGGACCAGUCCCCUGUGGGGGGCCUUACAGCCGAGGACAUUGAGAAGGCCCGGCAGGCCAAGGCGCGCCCCGAGAGCAAGCCCCACAAGCAGAUGCUCAGUGAGCGGGCUCGGGAGCGGAAGGUGCCAGUAACAAGGAUUGGGCGGCUGGCCAACUUCGGAGGUAAGGCGGCUGUGUGUCUGUGCCCUCCCCUGCCCUGGCAGGCCAGUCCUGGCUGAGGGGGGCUGGCCUACCCUGGCCCCAGCAUGGAGGUGGCAGAGGGCGGGGC